AUGACGGUCGAGCUUCUCAAGGCUAUCGUUGAGAGCGAAACAUCCAUACCCACAAAUACUCAGCGCCUCGUAUAUAACAACCAACUACUUGGAAAUGAUGCACAGACUUUGGAGCAGAUUGGUAUUGGGGAAGGGGACAUGCUAGGCGUUCAUGUUACAAUGCGGAGCCCUCAAGCGCCUGCUCGCAGCGUAGGAGGCGGCCCCAGUGCAGCGGCUCAGCAGAACCUUCAGCGGCGGCAAGCGAUGACUCCCGACCCCGAGACAAUCCGACUGCAUAUCCUAGGUGACCCUCGCGUGCGAGAGGCUGUCCGACGGCAGAACCCCGAGCUGGCAGAUGCUGCCAACGACGCGCAGCGGUUCCGCGAUGUCCUGAUGGCACAACAACGCCGGGAGACUCAAAUGGAAGCAGAAAAGGAGGCGCGCAUCGCCAUGCUGAAUGCCGAUCCUUUCAAUCCGGAGAAUCAGAGGGAGAUCGAGGAGAUCAUUCGACAGAAUGCAGUGACGGAAAAUCUUCACACUGCCAUGGAGCAUCAUCCCGAAUCAUUUGGUCGCGUGACAAUGCUGUACAUCCCUGUUGAGGUCAACGGCCACAAGGUCAACGCGUUUGUCGAUUCCGGAGCGCAAGUCACCAUCAUGUCUCCCGAGUGUGCGACCGCUUGCAACAUAAUGCGACUGGUGGACCGGCGGUAUGGGGGGAUUGCAAAGGGUGUGGGAACGGCAACCAUUCUGGGUCGGGUUCACUCCGCGCAGAUCAGGAUUGGAAGCAUGUUUUUGCCCUGCUCCUUCACCGUGAUGGAAGGGAAACACAUCGAUCUACUCCUUGGAUUGGAUAUGUUGAAGCGACAUCAGGCGUGCAUUGACCUGAAGAAGGGUGCCCUGGUCAUCCAAGACGAAGCCGUGCCGUUCCUCGGCGAGGCUGAUAUUCCCAAGGAGCUGCAGGAAGGCUUUGAGGAUGAACCUAUCGUCAAGGGUGCCGAUGGCGCCGAAGUCGGCGCGCGAACCGGUGCGGUCACACACCAGGCCAGCGGGUCUGGCACAUCAGCAACUGCUCCGUCAUCGUCGACACCUAGGAUCAAUAUCCGCCCGGCGCCGUCGUCGCGUUGGCCGCAGGACUCGAUUGCGAAAAUCACUGAGCUCGGAUUCACUCGGGAGGAGGCCGUCCGCGCAUUGGAUGCAGCCAAUGGGGACCUUGAUGGAGCGAUUGGCUUUUUGAUUUGA